CACUUCGUUUUAGCCAACAGAAAAUCGGGAGGGUUACGCUACUGCGGUCACGAUGUGGGAUAGUUGCGAUGAGAGCGAGUGUAGUAAGCUGACUUCGACGAAGACGACAAUCGAUUGCACAAAGCCCGAGAUGUUCGAGCCCACCGAGCAGGGAAAGGAUCUCUGCAUCCAUACAGGUGUUGUGCUUCGUGGGGCAAACGCUAGGGAAGACGAGGUCCAUAGUUCAGGCACACUUAAUAUCGUGGAAUAUAGUUUCGGCAAGUGCAUAGAAUGGAAGCCUGUGGAAGAUUCAGUGGUGUCAGAGUGCCAAGAUCAGGAUCCGGAAUGGUCCUUAGUGGACACGCAUACGAGGAGAACGCGCACAUCUUCGGAGGGCCCGGACUCCCUCGGACGUACAAGAACCGUUAAGAUACUGUUCUCUGACUUGAAGUCAUUUCGAGUGAAUCACGGUGGACAGCAGCUCAUAUUCAUGCAGAGGGAUGGUACCACCUACGUUGCCUUCUUUCAGCUGUGUAAUGCUGAAAGUUUUGUUAACUCGCUGAAAGGAUUUAUUAAAUUCGUGAAAUCGCGCUCCGACAAGAACCUGUAUCUUGUGCAGGACGAGGUCGAGACUGUAUUAAAAAAGUCCUUCGCCGAAUUGGACCUGUUCCAGGAGAACACUUCCGAUUACGUGUGGAAAUUCGUGAAAAACCUACACAAUCGUCCUUACGAGACAACGAUGGAGGCGUUCAGCAAACUCGCGGACAUCUGGUUGUACAAAGAACCGGUAAAGCGACCCGUUGAAGAAGCAGUUGCCGACUUGUUGAAUCAGUCGUUCACACUGGAGCAUCAUCCGCGUAUAUCUGUAACCGUAGGAUCCGUAGGCUCUACCGAGGAGUACGAAGUGAUCGGAGUCGGAGUGGAGCUACCUGUGCGACCACCCUGUCCACGUGGUGCGCCACUGACGGAGGACCAAUGGGAGAAGUGCAAAGACUCGGAAGGAAGGAUUACCGAUCCGGAGGCCGUCAAAGAGAUCAUCUUUCGCGGUGGCAUCUGUCCAUCUAUGCGUAUCGAAGUAUGGAAGUUCUUGUUAAAUUAUUAUCCAUGGAACUCGACGCAUAACGAGAGACUAGAAUUAAGGAGGAAAAAGACUGACGAAUACUUCACGAUGAAGUUGCAGUGGCGUACCUUGACGCCCGCGCAGGAAAGCCGAUUUUCUGACUACCGAGAACGAAAAAGUUUGAUAGAGAAAGACGUCAAUAGGACAGACAGGACACAUCCUUAUUACACGGGAGAUAAUAAUCCGCACUUGGAACAAUUGUACGACAUACUCAUGACAUACGUGAUGUAUAAUUUUGACUUAGGAUACGUUCAGGGUAUGAGCGAUCUUCUUAGUCCCAUCUUGUUUCUAAUGGACAACGAGGUCGAUGCGUUUUGGUGUUUCGUCGGAUUCAUGAACAGAGUCGGCACUAACUUCGAGAUGGAUCAGAAGGGCAUGAAGACACAGUUAUGUCAAUUAUAUACCUUGCUGUGCACGACGGAGCCGCAGCUGGCGUACUACUUGAACAGACACGAUUCCGGCAACAUGUUCUUCUGCUUCCGAUGGCUGUUGGUGCUCUUCAAGCGGGAAUUCAGCGCGAUCGAUAUAUUGAAACUGUGGGAGAUCCUGUGGACGGAUCUGCCCUGCAAGAACUUCCACAUGCUGGUGUGUGCAGCUAUAUUAGACACGGAGAAGAAUAUUUUAAUAGAAAAUAAUUAUGGGUUUACGGAGAUUCUGAAGCACAUAAACGAUUUGUCGCUUCACAUCGAGUUACCUUGGACAGUUGCUAAAGCGGAGGGUAUUUACUAUCAGCUUAUGUCGGUGGCGGAUCAGAUUCCCGACGAGAUCCGUGUGAUGAUCGGGCUGGAACCGUUGCACAGGGCGACGUCGAUGAACGGAAGCGAUGACGAGGCGUCCGGUAAUAACACGCGAGUUAAGGAAGCUAGUAGCAAUUCGAGGAGAAAUAGUUCGAGCAGCGCCAAUGUCACGUUCGGGGAGAAUGAAGUAACGUUUGAACAUGGGUGGAAGCAAGAUAAAGAUGACAGCUCCAGACCUUGAUAAGUGUUAUACAUGCAUCACUCUCACCUAAGUUAAAGCGUCUUUUUUAGAUUUGUAUAAAGUCUCACAACAGUGCUGUAUAUUUCUAAUAAAAAUCACCUAUUUAAUCUUU